GAAGAUAAUUACGGAAGUGUUGUAGGAAGCUCUCUGUUGAUAAGGAGUAACUUUUUUUAUUUACGGUUGAUUUCUAACAAGAUAACAAACAAAUGACUUUAUUGACGUUUGUGUUUAAUGUGUGAAGGGAGAGUGCUAACUGUUAGCUUCCUGGCUAAUGUAUUUUAUGUAACUCAUGCUCCUUUUAAGGUUGUCAAAGACAAUAAAACUGGUAAAAAAAUACAGUAAUACAGAUGGCGACAAAGGUGUUUCGCAGCCCUGCUCGUCAUGGCUACGCGGUGGAGGCGUCGCCCUUCAUUCCCUACAGGCUGGCAUGUGCAGCCUCCCAGCACUACGGCAUUGCAGGUUGUGGCUCAUUGCUGGUGUUGGAUGACACGCCAGAGGGAGUGCGCCUUGUAAGAAGCUGGGAAUGGAACGAUGGCCUUUUUGAUGUUGCGUGGAGCGAAGCCAAUGAGCACGUCUUAGUGGCCGGGGGCGGAGAUGGCAGCCUGCAGCUUUGGGACACGGCCAAUCACAGCGCGCCCCUAAAGGUGGUGAAGGAACAUACACAAGAGGUGUAUGCGGUGGACUGGAGUCAGACGAGAGGAGACAACAUCAUUGUGUCGGGCUCAUGGGAUCACACUGCCAAAGUGUGGGACCCUGCUUUCGGCCAAUCGCUGAGCACACUUACGGGUCACCAGGGGGUCAUCUACAGUACCAUUUGGUCGCCUCAUAUCCCAGGAUGCUUUGCCUCAGCCUCAGGUGACGGGACGUUACGUGUUUGGGAUGUGAAGGUUGGCGUGUGUCGAUUGGUCAUCCCGGCACACGAUGCUGAGAUUCUGAGCUGUGAUUGGUGUAAAUAUGACCAGAAUGUUCUGGUCACAGGUUCAGUGGACCGGAGUCUGUGUGUAUGGGACCUGAGGAAUGUCAGACAACCUGUCAAUCAGAUGAAAGGCCACGCCUACGCAGUCCGAAGAGUCAAGUUCUCUCCAUUCAGUGCCAGUGUGUUGGCCUCGUGCUCGUACGACUUCACUGUCAGAUUUUGGGACUUGAAGAGUGACCCUGCUCUUAUUGGUACUGUGGACCACCACUCAGAGUUUGUGUGUGGGCUGGACUUCAACCUUCACGUCCCUCAACAGGUGCUGGACUGUUCCUGGGACGAAACGGUGAAAAUCUACACGCCAACAUGUCUGACUGCUGCCACGACCGGGGCACGCCCACACUGAUGUCAUGUGACCUCCUGAGGCUGAGAUCCAACACGGACAUAGUCAAUUUUGUGUGACGUCACAGACAUGUCUUCAUGGAGGCGAAUGUCCAAUGAGGAUACUUGUCACUGUAAACUAAGAUUGUAGAGUAAUAUUACAGACUACCUGUAGAACAGAGUAUAUUGUUAGUACAUGUUGUACAAUGUUAAAGUAUUACAGUGUGUAAGGUGUAGUACAUGGAAGUAUAGAAUGUAGUAUAAUUGGAUAGUGAGAGUGUUUGAUUUUUCUAGUAAAUGUGUCUACUAAUCUUUUGCUGCUAAUUGGAUUCUAGCAGCUGCUUGAUAAGACCCCCACCCCUGAACCCCCCUCGUGGCCUUAAAGUGAUUUUAUGAUGGUUAA